AAAACUGAGAGUGGCGGUAUUGAGCUGUCAAUCAAACCGAAAGUAGAAAAGCCUAUAUAAACACACACUGAACACACACCAUUACUAAUCUGAGCCUUUAACAGUAAGCAUUAAUUGUCACUAAAUAAAGCAAAGUUGUUGUUUUUUAUCUUGCUGUAUCAAAACAUGGGCAUCUUCUUCUCCAACCUAUUCUCGCGUCUCGUAAAGAAGAAAGAAAUGAGGUUGCUUAUGGUUGGUCUGGAUGCAGCAGGGAAGACAACAGUCCUCUACAAACUCAAACUCGGUGAAGUUGUCUCAACUAUUCCAACAAUUGGUUUUAACGUGGAGACGGUUGAAUAUAAAAACAUCUCCUUCACGGUUUGGGAUGUUGGUGGUCAGAAUUUACUCCGAGGCCUCUGGAGACAUUACUAUCAUAACACCAAGGGCCUGAUCUUUGUGGUGGACAGCAGUGAUCGUGACCGGAUUGAAACGGCAGCAGAGGAACUAAACGCGAUGCUGGCGGAGGACGAGAUGAGAGACGCGGUUCUGUUAGUUCUUGCUAACAAGCAGGAUUUACCCAAAGCCAUGCCGGUCCACGAGCUGACAGACAGACUGGGUUUACACGCACUGAGAGGAAGACAGUGGUUUGUUCAGGCCACAUGUGCGGUUCAAGGAUCAGGUUUAUAUGAAGGACUGGAUUGGCUCUCGGAUCAACUGUCCAAACAACCAUAAUGCUGGAACUUUAUUUUUUGGGUUUUUUUGGCCUGAUGCUUCCGAACUAAAUACUGUAAUUGAAUGUAACAGCCUCCAGCUGUUUAUUAUAUCAAAAGCAUUUUGAUUUAUUAAUAUUAAAUCAAAACUGUAUAUUUAUUGUGAUGUUAAUUCUGAACAGGUUUAGUUCAUUUUUUCAAAGGAAGAAAAAACGUUGAAAGCUUUGAAAGACUUAUUUUAAUAUGUGUUUUGUUGUGUCUGGACUUUGAAACAAUAAGCUGAUGUCUGCCUGGAAAAUAUAUACAUAUAUGUGUGUGUGUGUGUGUCCUACCUAUUCAAAUAUCUCCAAUAAAUGAUGUAUUUAU